UAACCAUUUUAAUAAUUCUUAAUUAUUUCCUUUCAAAAAUGUUCCAGUCUAUUCGGUAGUAUACAUAUAUAGCUAGGUACUAGAUGGUUUGUCAACUUUGUCACCCUAGUGUAUUUUUUAUGCAACUUCUGGUAGAGUACGAGAGCAUGAUUACUAAUUCCAGAUUUGCAAUAGAUUUAUAAUAAUUUACAAUUUAUAUCAAAACAAUAUAUUUUCUAGUGUAUUACGUGCAUUAUCUAGUUAUAUAUGCACGUCUAAAUUUGACAAUGUUGAAUAUAUAGUUAAACAUAAUAGCGAAGGAACACACGAUCAAAUUAGACGUUUUGAUUACACGGUUGAUAUUACUUAAAUAAAGGACAUUAUUUAAAAAUAUCUAUUGGAAUAUCACAAGGAACUGCUUCGUUUUAUUAAGAAAUUGGGUAUUGUAACAAAAUCUACAAAUAGAAAUAGAUAUUAAAAGCUAUGGAGGUUGAGGAAAAUAACGCAGCGGCUUCAACGGAUACACCGAUGGAAGUUGACGAGGAUAAUUCUGGAAAAACUAAUAUCACAUCAACAAAUCCUCCUAGUGCUAUCAAAGUAAUGGCAUCUUCUGGAACUGUUGGCUCUGUUUCUAUCAGUCUUCAUCCUCUUGUCAUAAUGAAUGUUAGCGAGCAUUGGACUAGGCUUCGUGCUCAAGAAGGGACAGAUCAACUAGUAUAUGGAGCACUAAUUGGCAAGCAAAAAGGACGUAAUAUAGAAAUUAUGAAUUCUUUUGAAUUAAUGUUUACAUGUAUUAAAGAUGAUGUUAUAAUUGAUAGAGAUUAUUAUAAUACUAAGGAAGAACAAUUUAAACAAGUGUUUAGUGAAAUGGAUUUUCUUGGGUGGUAUACUACCGGUGAUAUGCCAAAUGAAAGAGACAUUACAGUACAUAAACAACUUUGUGAAAUUAACGAAAGCCCUGUGUUAUUGAAACUUGAUCCAAGACCAAAAAAUACUGAUCAACUCUCUGUAUCCAUGUAUGAAUCUGUGAUUGAUUUGGUAAAUGGCGAAGCUACAAUGUUGUUUGUUCCAUUGACUUACACAUUGGCAACAGAGGAAGCGGAAAGAAUUGGAGUGGAUCAUGUAGCGAGAAUGUGUAGCAAUGAUCAAGGAGAAAGUUCAUUGGUUGCAGAACAUCUUACUGCACAACAUAGUGCUAUAAAAAUGUUACAUUCAAGGGUAAAACUAGUUCUGAAAUAUGUACAAGCUGUACAAAAUGGAGAAUUAAAGGGGAAUCAUGAAGUUUUAAGAGCAGCCUGUUCUUUGGGUCAUAGAUUACCAGUUUUAAAUAAUCCCAAAUUCAAAGCUGACUUUUAUAACCAAUGUAAUGACUUUGGUCUUAUGACAUAUCUUGGUAUCAUAACAAAAGGUUGCAACAAUAUUAAUCAAUUUGUUAAUAAGUUUAAUAUUUUGUAUGAUAGACAAGGUGUAGGUCGUCGAUUGAGGAGCCUUUUCUUGUGAUAAGUGAAUAGGAUUCAUUGUUUUUAUACUUGUAUCUUUUUUACUCCAUAAAUUAUAAUGAAUAUUCUUGAAAUUCAGUACAGUAAAUUUAAUUGGUUUGUAAAUUGAUUGCUGUAGUAGAUAUUGUACCUCUUAAAAAUAAACAUAAAAGUGAAAUAAA